AAAAUAUAGGAUAUCAACACACAUGGGUUUGCUACUCCAUAUAUCUUGCGAAAGAAAGGAACUGUGAACAUAACUCAUUUUUAUUACUGCGGAUGUAUUUAUUCUCGUUGAUGAAAUAAAGCGAAAGUGGCGGCCAUGACGACAGACGAGGCUGAGAGCCAGCAGAAGAAGGCGAACCAGCAGCAGCAGCAGUCCCAGCGGCCCCCCCAGCAGCCGUCUGACGACCCCGCUGCCGACCCCCCCGCCGUGACCUCCGACCCCCAGGACAGCCCCGCGUCCGCCCCAGCCCCAGCCCCGGGCUCCCCUGCGGCGCCAGCGGCCUCGGCGGCGGGGGGCGAGGAGGAGGUCCAGCUGCGUCCACGGCAGCGCACGUCGGCGGGCCGCGGCCUCUCGCGCCUCUUCUCGUCCUUCCUGAAGCGCCGCUCGCAGUGCUCGGACGGCGAGGGGGCCGACGGCGAAAGGGCCCGCGACGCCCGCCAGGACGAGCCCAAAGCGCCCAUCGCCGACCCCGAGCCCGAGCUGCGAGCCGAGGGUGAGGGCGACGCCGCCCUCGACCUGCACUCCCUCAGCAGCGCCGAGAACCAGGCGGCCCCUGCAGACCAGAAGGAGGACGCUGACUCAGACGAGGAGGGAGGAGGGAAAGGAGAGAAGGCCAAAGCCAAGAGGGAGGCCGGAGAGGCGGAGAAAGAGAAGAAGGAGGCGCAGGAGGAGGGCAAGCCUGACGGAGGAGACGCGGCGGAGGCAGAGGGGGAGGGAGAGGGGGCGGGGGAGGGGGAGGCCAAAGCAGAAAAGAGCGCCGAGGACGACGAGGCCAAGCCGGCCAAGGCCCCGCGCAGACCCAGGAUCAUGCAGUGCAAGGUCACUCUGCUGGACGACACGCUCUACGAGUGUGAACUGGAUAAACAUGCCAAAGGCCAGGAGCUGUUCACAAAAGUGUGUGACCACCUCAACCUGCUGGAGAAAGACUAUUAUGGUGUGGCUAUCUGGGAAACGCCCACCAUGAAGACCUGGCUGGACUUUACCAAGGAGAUUCGGAGGCAGGUGCCAGGGACCGACUAUGACUUCACCUUCAAUGUGAAGUUCUACCCCCCCGAUCCUGCCCAACUAUCUGAAGACAUCACAAGGUACUUCCUGUGCCUGCAGCUGCGUAAGGACAUCCAGGCGAGCCGGCUGCCGUGCUCGUUCGUGACGCUGGCGCUGCUGGGCUCGUACGCGCUGCAGUCGGAGCUGGGCGAGUACGACCCCGAGGUGCACGCGCCCGACUACGCCAAGGACCUCAAGCUGGCGCCCGGCCAGAGCAAGGAGCUGGAGGAGAAGAUCAUGGAGCUGCACCGCACCUACAGGUCCAUGAGUCCGGCCCAGGCUGACAUGAUGUUCCUGGAGAACGCCAAGAAGCUCUCCAUGUAUGGGGUGGACCUGCACCAGGCUAAGGAUCUGGACGGGGUGGACAUCAUGCUGGGUGUGUGCUCCAGUGGUCUGAUGGUGUAUAAGGACAAGCUGCGGAUCAACCGCUUCCCCUGGCCCAAGGUGCUCAAGGUCUCCUACAAACGCAGCAGCUUCUUCAUCAAGAUACGCCCCUCAGAGCUGGAGCAUUAUGAAAGCGCCAUAGGCUUCAAGCUGCCCAACUACAAAGCCGCCAAGAAACUGUGGAAAGUGUGUGUGGAGCACCACACCUUCUUCAGGCUGACCUCCACAGAAGCGGCCACCACCCCGAGGAAGUUCUUGGCUCUGGGCUCUAAGUUCCGCUACAGCGGGCGCACCCAGGCCCAGACACGGCAGGCCAGCUCCAUGAUCGACCGCCCCGCGCCCGCCUUCCAGCGCUCCUCUAGCAAGAGGGCCUCCCGCAGCCUAGACGGAGCGGCCUGGAAGGAUGACUGGUGUGAGCUGCUGGGUCUCCCUGCCCCUCCUGUUCCUAGUUCUCCCCCACAGCCCACAGCGAUGGUGGCCACGCCGGAAAAAGGCGCCCGUCCAGUCAGUGCGCCCAUCAUGUCCCCCGUAUCCCCGGGAGACGCCGCUCCGUCGCCCGCCAUCGCCGCGGCAACCAAGGAGCGCAAGGAGGCUGGGACGCCAACCGGCCGUCCCUCACGCUCGGCCGAGAGGAAGGCGGAGGUGAAGGGGGAGGGGCGUGGCACCGACUCCCCCAAAGCGCAGCAGGGCGCCAAAGCUGAACACACACCUGACAUCAAGACGGUGGCUAGGCGAGAACGCCGGCACCACACGCAGGCCACCACCGCCACCAAUGGCGAGCGGGAGAGACAGUCGCCCCGUGGCAAAACGGAGCUGGUGCGAGCGAGGAAGAAAAGAGCUAAGAAACUUGAGGGGGAAACUCUUUAUGUCAGACAUAGCAAUUUAAUGUUGGAGGAUGUGGAGAAGACCCAGUCGGAGAUCAUGCGUCACCACACCAGCAUCAGUGAGCUCAAGCGCAGCUUCAUGGAGUCGGUGCCGGAGCCGCGGCCCAGCGAGUGGGACAAGCGCCUGUCCACCCACUCGCCCUUCCGCACCGCCAGCAUCAACGGCCAGCUGCAGCCGGCCGCCGACGGGUCCCCUGUGGUGAAGACUCAGACAAUCACCAUCUCUGAUGUCACCAACUCCCUCUGCAGGGAGGUGGCCACCAAAGAGGUCCCCAUCGUGCAUACCGAAACUAAGACCAUUACAUACGAAGCUGCGCAGUCAACAACAGAUGCGGUGGCUGAGAGGGAAUCUGGGAUGCUUUUGAGCGCGCAAACCAUCACCUCGGAGACCAUCAGCACCACCACCACCACCCAGAUCACCAAGCAGACUGUGAAGGGAGGGAUUUCGGAGACCCGCAUUGAGAAGCGGAUCGUCAUCACCGGGGACACAGAGAUUGAUCACGAUAAGGCUCUGGCCCGGGCCAUAAAGGAGGCGAAGGAGCAGCACCCUGACAUGGCCGUGACCAAAGUGGUAGUGCACCAGGAGACAGAGAUCACCCCUGAGUAAGAGCCUCAGGGAGCCGGCUGACGACAACCAAGAGGGAUCGUGAAUACCAAGCCAACACACACACUUUCACACUUUCACACACACUCACACACACACACACAUGCACACACACAUACGCACAUGCACACACACACACACACACACAC